CUGACCGGGCAUGCUGGGAGUUGUAGUUUUGCAACAGCUGGAGGCACUCUGGCUGGGAAACACUGGUGUAUUCUAUCCCAUCCCGGUCUGUCGCCAGGUCGGUGUCAGCCUCUUCCUUCUGUCUCUCAGGAUCAGGCUCGAAGGCUGCAGCCAUUCAGGGCUCUCUCCUCCCCCGGUGUCUGACGCGUUGCAUGCCGGGCUCUGCUGCCGGUGUUCGGGGCUCUGGUCGCCCGGGAGAUGCUGCUGGACGAGCGGUGGCGCCUAGACCCACACAGCUGCUACAGCUUCUCUAGAUGUAUGCAAUGGCGUCAAGCCACAGCUCUUCAAUAGUGUCUCACUCUAACAGCAGCAAACCUGUGUACAGAAAAGGACUGGAACCCUCACAGCAGCUAGGACUGGUGCGCUCGCUUCCUGAUGUUUGCCCCAAAGAGCCUACAGGUGAUUCUAAAAGUAUGUGCGAUGAGCCGUCUGUAGUUGCCGAUCAGCACAAAUGGACGAUCUAUCAUUCCAAAGUGAACCUCCCGGCAGCAUUAAAUGACCCCCGAUUAGCAAAACGGGAGUCUGACUUCUUUACGAAGACAUGGGGCCAGGACUUUGUGGAAAUGGACGUCUUGCCCUCACCUUACCUCCUACCCAUCAACAAGGAACACUUAUCAUCUUACAUCCAGCAAACCAGUCUAAGAGAAAAAAAUCAUGAAAAGUGGAAGUCAAUAUGUCCUCCAAAAGAUGACUUUAACAGGCCGGCAUUUUCCCAUGGUAAUAAACCAAGGGCGGAUCUGGAUCAAGUACCUAAGAUCUUCAUGAAACCAGACUUUGCUUUGGAUGAUUCUUUAACAUUUAACGCAGUUCUACCAUGGUCCCAUUUCAGUAGUGCAAGUGGUAAAGGAAGCAGAGAUACUGCAUCGGCUAAGCUACUGCAGGAAAAGCUGAGCCACUAUUUGGAUGUUGUAGAGGUGAACAUUGCCCAUCAGAUUUCUUUACGCUCCGAAGCCUUUUUCCACGCUAUGACCUCCCAGCACGAGCUGCAGGACUACCUCAGGAAGACUUCCCAGGCUGUGAAGAUGCUGCGGGACAAGAUUUCUCAGAUAGACAGAGUAAUGUGCGAGGGAUCUCUACGAAUCCUGCGUCAGGCCAUGACGAGAAACAAUUGCAUUAAAGUGUACAAUAAACUGAAGCUAAUGGCUACUGUGCACCAGACUCAGCCUACGGUUCAGCUGCUGCUUUCAACCUCUGAAUACGUAGGGGCCCUGGACUUGAUAGCAACCACUCAAGAAGUUUUGCAGCAAGAACUUCAGGGUAUUCACAGUUUUCGGCACCUUGGGUCCCAACUGUGUGAACUGGAAAAGCUCAUUGAUAAAAUGAUCAUUGCGGAGUUUACAUCGUACGCCCGUUCUGACCUGAACAGACCUUUAGAGGAGGACUACCAAGUGAUAGAGGAGGAGAGACUGGUGUCGUUGGUCUUUGGACUCUUGAAGCAGCGGAAGCUGGACUUUUUUGAGAUCUAUGCCGAUGAAAUGAUGGCAACCGCGAAAAACAUCAUUAAACAGUGUGUGGUGAGCACAGUCUUUCAGAUUGAUGAGAUAGAUUCUGAACUUGUCACCAAGCUCGCUGAUCAGAUGCGGAUGAUGAACUUUUCCCAGUGGUUCGAUUUGCUGCAAAAUAUUUUUUCUAAAUUUACGAUUUUCCUUCGGCGAGUCAAGGCCACAAUCAACGUUAUUCGCAGUGUUGUGCUCAUGGUCUUGGAUAAGAACCAGCGGUUCAGAGAAACUGAGGUGAUGGCAGCUCAGAAAAGCCUGGCCAGAGACGGCAAUGUGGACAACAAUUUGGCUUACUUGACUCACGAAGGCUUGUUUAUAAGUGAUGCAUUCAGUGAAGGUGAGCACCCCCAUGCCGCUGCCAACACUAACUUUCAAAGGAAUGCAUCACCCAGCAGUAGCGAGCCCUCUGGCAGCGAUUCUGUAUCUGAUCCCGAAUGCACUACUGACUCCUCAUCCAGCAAAGAUCACACACUGCCUUCAGUAACCCCAGGGGGAAUAGAAAUAAUAAUGACCGAGGAUAUAAAAUUAACAGAUCUGGAACUUGGUAAAAUUGCAAACAAUAUACAGGAGCUUCUAUACAAUGCAUCUGACAUCUGUCACGACCGCUGUGUCAAGUUUCUGCUGGCAAGAGCCAAGGAUGGGUUUCUUGAAAAACUGAACUCUUCCGAGUUUGUGUCCUUGUCCCGAUCCGUCGAAGCGUUUGUCCAGGAUACAGAGAAAAUCUGCGGUAGAAAAAGCAUGUCUCUCCGAGGGGCUCUCCAGAGCCAGGCCAAUAAGUUUGUAAACCGUUUUCAUGAUGAACGGAAAACUAAACUCAGCCUUCUGCUGGAUAAUGAGCGCUGGAAGCAGGCCGACGUCCCCGCUGAAUUUCAGGACUUGGUUGACUCCAUAACAGAUGGCAAAAUAAUAUUACCUGAGAGGAAAUCUGGAUGUGUUGAGGAGCGGAAACCCUCUGACUUUCUUACUGUUGAUGGCCAGAAGUACGCUGUCGUUGGCACUGUCCUGAUUCUGAUCAGAAUAAUUCUGGAGUACUGCAGCUGCGUGGACGACAUCCCAUCAAUAACCACAGACAUGCUCACUCGCCUGUCAGAGCUGUUAAAGUACUUCAACUCGCGUAGCUGUCAGCUGGUUCUGGGAGCUGGGGCUCUUCAAGUCGUUGGAUUGAAGACAAUAACCACAAAAAACUUAGCAUUAUCCUCCCAGUGCCUGCAGCUUAUUGUACAUUACAUUCCUGUAAUAAGGGCACAUUUUGAGGCCCGAAUGCAGCCUAAGCAGUACAGCAUGCUUCGACAAUUUGACCACAUCACUAAGGACUACAAUGACCACAUAGCGGAAAUUUCGGCCAAACUGGUUUCCAUAAUGGAUUCCUUAUUUGAGAAACUUCUGUCAAAGUACGAGGUAAAAGCCCCUGUUCCCUCAAUGUGCUUUAGAAAUAUCUGCAAGCAAAUGGCUAAAAUGCACGAAGCUAUUUAUGAUCUACUGCCUGAGGAACAAACACAAAGUCUGUUCCUCCGAAUAAACACAAGCUGCAGACGUCACCUAAAAAAUCAGCUGUGUCACCUGAAUGUCAUAAAUGACGGAGGUCCCCAGCAUGGAAUGGUAGCAGCAGAUAUUGCCUUUUACACUGGAAAUGUCCAAGCUCUAAAGAGUCUUAAGGAUUUGGACCUAAAUAUGGGUGAAAUUUGGGAGCAGAAAAGGUGAUAUCUAACCAAAGGAGAGAAAAAAAAAAGACCUUGAUCUUUCAAGUAUGUGUACGAUUGGAAGUGUUAUACACAAGACCUUAAUGUAAAUUCCAAAGUGCAAGUCAGGGGCUGCAAGAUGGUGGUUUCCGGUAACUGGAUCCGGCCUGGCUGUCAGGGACGACCCGUAACUAUUCCUCUCAAUGAACAACUGAUGAACGAUUUACAGGGGAAAAAAAAAAACCUCUUUAUUUUUCAUUAAAAACAACCUCAGGUUUUUGUUUAUUUUUUGGACCAAAUCCAAACAAGUGCAUGGCUGCAACACAGCUCCCCUUAUGUCAGAUCGCCUGUAUUAAUAAGUAACAGGAUCCCCCUUUCUGCAAAAGACUUUCAAAGGCUUCUCUUGUAAUGUAUAACAAUGGUACAGAUUCCCUGAACACUACGUAUUGACAGAACCGUCACUGUAAUUUGUGAUUUCUCUAUUUAAGACAACGCUGGUUGUGUAUAUACAAAAGCUGGGCAUUUUAGCAGUGAAGAAAUCGGAAGGAAAAAGCUUUAAUGGUGGUUGGCGGCCGAGCAACUGCGGGAGUAAGUGAAGGUCCUUUGUUCACCUGCUUUAUUGUCUGUCCUCAAACUGGAUACUGGGUUUUCUAUUUCAAAGGCCCUGUUACUUGCCCUCUAAGCACAAUGGAGUAAUUGAUCCUUGAUGCACAGGGCAGGCUUCUCUGUGCCAGACUCUUCAUGCUCAAGUAAUAUGUGGCUCUCCAGGGUGAUGGCGGGAGGGCGAUCGCUCAGGAGCUGAGGGGCCACAGGUUGCCACAUCUCCUCUGUGUCUUGCACUGCUCCGGUAGAAUAACUCCAUAGUAAUGGUGCUUUGAUUAGCUGGUAUCCUUCAGAUAGCUUGGGGACAAUGCUAUUAAAUUGCUGGUAUUUUCAAUCAGUAUUUUUGUACAAUAUAUAUAUAUAUAUAUAUAUUUUUUUUUUUUGUUUGUUUUAAAUUAAGGUAUUUUUGCUCUUCCCUUACUCGGUGAGGGCGAAAGUAUUUAUUUUGCAGUAUCUGCUAUUGAUGUGGAUAUUUUCUGAUUGCAUUUUUAAGUAAAUUUCA